AUGGUCCGCCCAGUUCGGAAAUUUCUUGGCCCUUAUACCAAGGACGAGCAUUUGAAAUUUUUGACACUUCAAAACGGGAAAAGGCAAAAUCGGGUCUUCGCUUCUCUAGGCUCCGAUAUCCCUGUCCGCGUUCAUCCCGAAAUUGUCCCCAAACUAAAGAAAAAGAAAUCUGUGAAGCCCUCUUCCUCUGAUGAUGAUGAUGAUGUUGAAGUGGAAGAUGUUGACGAAGAAAUUGGGGAAGAAAAUGCUGAAGAAGAAGAAGAAGGCGAGGAAGGAGCUGAUGAAGAAGAGAACGACUCGGGUGAUGAUAGCGACUCGAGUAGCAGUUCGAGCGACAACUCGAGCGACUCGUCUGAUUCUGAUGAUAGCAAAACAGUUCCUCCUCCUACUGUUUUAGCUGAUCUGAAAAGGAAGAAAACUGCCAGCAGUCCUCCUCCUGGACCGAGUUCUAAACGAGUGCAACUUGUUAUUGAUAAUGAUGAAGAUUUGGAUGAGGAUGAUAUCCGUAUUGAUCUUUCUGCCAUCCAUGUCACCCCAAUUCGAGCUGAUGCUAGUUUUGCCCUUUCGGCAAAAGAAGUGGCUUCACUGCAAGUUGUUGCCCCAGCCACCACGGUUGUCGAGGAAGAUUGUUCGACCCAAGUGGUUGAUACUGUUGAGACAACAAACCCUCUUCGAGCUGAUAGAGACUUGGUUGCAAAAAAGUUCGAACCCAACUCCACCUCCGUCACCGCCGUUCAUCGCAACCCCUUCCCCAGAGCUGAUACAAAACGUUCUUGGUGGUUUUAG